AUGCAGCUCCUCUUUAAGUAUGGAGCGAGCACGCAGGUGCUGCAGGACUGCGCAUGGAAGGUGGACAACACGCAGCACUCGAAUUGGCAGGUGUCGGAAGUGCUGCGCACGGCAGAUGGGGCCAAUGCUCGCCUCCUCCUCUCCGCCGCUCGCGCCGACUGGCACGGCGUGCGGCAAGCGUUGAAGCACUGCGCCUUUGUGAACGCACGAGACCCAGCCAGUCAUCGGACAGCCAUCUCGUGGGCCGCAAGCUACGGCCGGGUCGACGUUGUGCAGACCCUGGCACACCAGAAGGCUGAAGUUCUGAGCCUAGAUGAAGCAGGUUGGACAGCGCUCCACUUCGCGGUGAGUGGUGGCUUCGUAGAAGUGGUCUCGCUGUCACUCCUGCCAGGUCUUGAGUCUUGA